GAGAGGAGGGGAAAGCAGAGCUCAAGCGAAAGAAGGUUUUAGCCAGCAGCGAGUGAAGAAAAUGGCGAUCAUGCAGGACGAAUUCCUCCCCUCGUAGAUGCUGCAAACGCGCUGAAUUUCUUUUAGCCUUACAGUCGGCUUUCCUUUCCACUCUGUUGCACUUUAUACUUCAAUGAGAGAUUCGGAAUUGGAAGCUGUUGCCACCAAAGAAACUGAAGCAUCUUAACAGGGAUCACACCCAUAGAGGGAAGAACAGUGGAUGGAAGAGAGAGAAAGACGGAGAGUGUGAAGAGGAAGGAGGAUAAGAAGAUACAGGACUGGACAAAAGUGCCAGAAAAUACCAAGUCAAGGCAGAGUCCUAAAUCUAAACCACAUCCCCCCUUUCCCCCUUCCCACACAUAUACCUACACACCCACAUACACAGACAAACACAGACAUACAGUCCUCAGCGAUGCCAAGGGGGCCUGAUCAGCCUGCUGCCCGCUCUGACAAGUCCCGCCUCUUCACCUCAGACCCUUGAGGCUGUGUCCUCUGAGCUUUGACCUUUGACCUCCCCUUUGUCGACCUGGGAACCAGAGGUCUCCUGUUCUCCACUCAACCCGAGGACGCCCUCCUGCCCAGCCAGGAGCCGCAGCCACAAGCCGCAGUCACAGGCAUGGCUCCCAUUCGGGAUUCCGUCAGCCACUCCCCUAAUCAAACAGGUCUGGAGCAUCCUGGCUUGGACUCACAGUAUGAGCCAUCCCCUUGGUCCUCUGGCUCUCCCUGCAGCAGUGACAGCAACAGCAACUGGGGGAAAGUCCUAGUGGACGCAAGCACCGACAAACCCAACAACCCUUCUUCAACCAACUCUUCCGUCUGGCCUCCCUCCUCCUCCUCAUUCUCUUGCUCCUCGUCUUCUUCCUCUUCUGGCUGUGGGUCAGGAUCAGACCCUGAGCUGGCAUCAGAAUGCAUGGACGCAGACUCUAGCUCCUCGAUCGGCUCAGAGAAAAACCUUGCCGCUGUUGCUGUGACAACAGUGAUGAUGAUGUCAGCAAAUGCUUCUUCCUCUGUGUCUUCUACGACUUCUUCACCCUCUUCCUCUUUGGUGACUUCUGCCAUGAUGGUCGGCGUUUCAGUGAAUGGAGACAGCAACGGCAACAGUCGUCAGGUUAUUGGUGGAGGGAUGGGAACCAUCAGCGGUGCAAAUAAUGGAAAUAAUAACAUCACCGGAUCCUCCCACUACUCUGUGGCUGGGUCCAGCAGUAUUGGCAGCAAUAACAUGGGUAACCACAACAUCAAGCUCGUCAAUAACAGUGGCGUAUGGGGCAGCCAGACAGGCAGCAACAUGAUCACCACGGGCGGAAGCACCCCUUGCAUCAAUGGAGGGUUAAACCCAAACUCUUUAAACCCAAAUGCCAACCACGGUGCCUGGCCACAGAAUCCAACCCCAAGCCCAGUGACCCAGGGCCAGCGGCCUCCACAGGCUCAGGGGAUGAGUUCCAAACUGGGUAUAGCUCCCCAACAGGGCCCCUUGCUGGGCUGGGGUGGCAUGGCAGCUCCAGACAACAGCAGUAUGAUGGAAGACACUGAGGUGAAUAAUGGUACAGCAAGCAGCAAGGUGUUAGGAAGCAGCAACAGUGGAAAUGGUGGCCUGCAGCCUACCAACCUUAACACUGAAUCCAAUGGACCAAAUAACACUAUUAUGAUGAAUACUACUACUACUACUACUAACGCCACAAUGACCUCUAGUCCACCAAACUCUACCGCCUCACCCCAACUCAGUGGGGAUUGUUCCUGGGGCUCCAUUGGAGGAGGGAAUGGGGGUCCGCUGGCCAAUGGAAACCCUUCAUCAGCCCCCCAGAACCCCCAAGGAGAGCUGGGGGGUCCUGGGGCUUUCGGUACGCCUUGGGGCGCAACUACCUACCCUGGAGACAAGGGCCCCCCAAAUGCAGACACUGUGAACCCCCAAAACCCUGCCUUAAUGCAGGCUGGGAACCCCCAAAUCUCCUCUACUGCUGCUUACAAGAGUAAUAAUAACCACAAUAACACUGGGGCCCCACGCUGGGACCAGGGGCCCACUAAUAACCCAAACCAGCCUCAGAGCAACUUGUCCUGGGGUGUUGGCUCAAAUCAAAUCCCAGGCUCUGCAGGCCAAACACCUGGAAAUGGGAACCAAACUACGAUGGGCCCUCCAGCGGGGAUACCUCGUCCCUGGGGGAGCAGCGCGUCAUCUUCUUCCUCUUCCUCAUCAUCUUCUUCCACAUCAAAUAACAAGAUGUCAAAUGGAGAAUGGGGAUCAGCAGCUCCUGGUAACAACCAUUCAGAUGCUGGAAUUCAGAAAGGAAGCUCUGCCAACAAUGGCUGGAAGAGCCUGGAGGAUGACGCCAUGGGCAUGGGAGGUGGAGGGGGAGGGGGUGGAAGUCAUGGCUUGGGGAGUGUCACUGGAGGCUGGGGUCGCUCUGGAGGAAGUGAAGGAAGCGGAGAGAGCUCCGGAGGCCGAUCUAGCUCAGACAGAGACAGCAGCCAGUCAAAAGGGGGAAACCGCAGAAAAGGUACCCAUUCUGCAACAAUAAUAACAGCUCUGACCCGGGCCGAUGUGGACCCAAGAGUUCUGUCCAACACUGGGUGGGGUCAGACACCCAUUCGGCAGAACACCGCCUGGGAUGUCAAUUCUCCUAACAAUCAGCCCCAGGGUCCCAGAGGAGAUGAGAGAAAGCACAGCAGUGGAGGCUCCAGCUGGGGCACAGCAACACCGGCAGCUCCCUCCCAGUCCUCUGGAGGUAGAGGCACAAUGUGCUGGGGAGGUAGGCCCGGCAGCUCAGGCACGGAUACAGGAGGGUCUGGCUGGGGAGAGCAGAGACAAACCUCUGGGUGGGACAGCAAAGUCCCAGCAAGUGGAGGAGGUGGGCAGAGUGGCUGGGAUGAUGGAUCCAGCUACAAGGGUAGCAACACCAAUAGUAACACCUGGAGCAACAACUUCAACAAAGAUGACAGGUCCAAUACUUGGACUAAUGCACCCAAACCGCAGCAGGGCUGGGGUUCCAGUAGUGGAAAUGCAAGUGAAGGCUGGGGUAGCAGUGGGGAUGGUACCAGAGGAGGAGCCAACAACCACUGGGGGGAGCCCCAAAAAAAUGCAGGCUCAGUGGGCUGGGACAGCGACAGUGACCGGUCUGGUUCUGGAUGUUGGAGCGAGCCUAGCCGAACCAACACCAGCAGCAGCAACACGUGGGUAGGGAGUGGAGGAUCAAAUACUCCAGACCAGAGCACGCCAAACCCAGGCUCCAACUGGGGCGACUCAGUCCACAAACCCAGUUCUCAGAGUAACAGCCAGGGCUGGGGUGAGCCAGUGAAGAACAACCAUGGAGCCCAGAACUGGGGUGAGCCGAAUCCCAAGCCCUCCAACGAGUGGGGUAAAGGUCCUGAAUCCAACAUGUCCAGAGGCAAUCAAGGCUCUAACAAGCCCACAGGCUGGCUGGGAGGCCCGAUGCCCACAGUAGGUCAGAAGGAAGAAGUGGCAACUGGGUGGGAAGAGCCUUCUCCAGAGUCCAUACGGCGGAGGAUGGAGAUCGAUGAUGGCACUGCAGCUUGGGGAGACCCUGGCAAAUACAGUGGUGGAUCUGUCAACAUGUGGAACAGGACUAGCCAAUCAGAACAGGAGAACAUGGGUAUGUCCUCUCAGCACCAGUCCCACCCAGCACACAGCUCAAUGCAUCCUCCUCAGCCCAUGCAGCCUGUUGCACAGGAAAAAAGCUGCAGUUCUGGUUGGGGUGAGCCAUACCCCCAGCAGAAGGAGUCCUCAUCAUGGGGGGAGCCAGCCGCUGCUCCGCCUGUUACAGUGGACAACGGGACCUCUGCCUGGGGGAAGCCCAUGGAAAGCAGCUCCGGUUGGGAUGAACCCAGCAGGGACAGCAGAGAGUCCGGGUCUGGAUGGGGCAGCCAGCAUAAGUCGGCUCCAGGUCCUAAGCCCAUGGAGACAUGGUGUGGUGAGGAAGUGUCCAUGGGUAAUAGCUGGGAUCAGGAAGAAGAAGUGGAGAUUGGCAUGUGGAGCAACAGCCAACAGGACAACAGGUCCCAUGACCAAAACACCUGGAACUACAAGCAUAAAGGCGGAAACAAGAUGAACAAACCAGUCAACAAACAGGAUGAACCCUGGAUGAAACCUUUCAUCAACCAGUUCAGCGGCAUGAACUUCCCUAGAGACUCUCCUGACGACCCCAUGAAGACAGGAGCAGGGAUGGUGCAGGACAAGCGUAUGGACAUGGGCAGUAUGGGAGACUUCAAUGGAGUAAUGGGGAAGAACCCUGGGUCUCGACACCAGCUCCACAAGGAGUCUGCCAUGGAUCGCAACCCUUACUAUGACAAGCUGUCUGUUUCCCCCUCUGCUUAUGAUAGUCCAGCUUCUGAUGAGCUCUCCUCCAAUCAAAGCAUGAGCUUUUCCCCUUCCAAUUCUGCUCAGCCUAUCCGCUGUCUCAACUCGGGGCCAUCUCCUGCCCACUCUAGUCCUGGGGCCACUCGGCAGAAUGUAAACCCUAUGUUGGGUGGCAGCAGCGUAGCACAGGGCCGAGGCGGCCCCCAGUCCCAGGUCCCCCCCCAACCCAACCUUCGUAACCAAGUGCCUCCACCCAUCCUGCCCUCUCAGGUCCCUCCAUCCCUGUUGAAGUACCCAGGAGGUAACGGAGGUCUGAACCCCCUGUUUGGCCCUCAGCAGGUGGCUGUGCUCAACCAACUCUCCCAGCUCAACCAGCUGUCACAGCUCAACCAGAUCAACCAGUUACAGCGUCUUCUUCUCCAGCAGCAGCAGCAGCAGCAACAACAGCAGAAGGCUCAGAGCCAGAGAACCAUGCCUGUGGGGCGACAGACUGAACAGACACGUCCUAUUGGUUCGUCUCCAUCAAUGAUGCAGCCCCCACGUCAUCUGGACCCCUCUUUGCUGAAACAGGCCCCACCUCUCAAACCGUACCUGGAAAACUACUUGUCCCACAAUGCCCCUGAGAUGCAGAAGGAUGCUGCCGCUCUCGGAUCCUUCAGCAACUUCCCUUUAAGCUUGAACUCUAACCUGAAUGUAUCCCUGGACAUGGGUGUUGGUGGUGGUAGUAGUGGUGGCGGAGCUGUGAGCUACAAAGAGCCGCCCCAGUCCAGACUGAAGAAACUUUGGGCUACUGACCCUCUGGAGCAGAACAGCAAACCUGGUGCUAUGUCGUCUGGGCUGCGUCUGGAGGACUCUCCCUUCUAUGACUUCCUGUCUCCUGGCCCAUCUCCCCUGAGUCCUCCCGGCCAAUCAAUGGGCUCGGUGGGUGAUGGCUGGCCGCCCCGUGCCAACUCCCCCCCGCCCCAUGGAAACACUGUCACGUGGCCCCCAGAGUUCCGGCCCGGGGAGCCUUGGAAAGGUUACCCCAACAUUGACCCUGAGACUGACCCCUAUGUGACCCCCGGCAGUGUCAUCAACAACCUCUCCAUCAACACCGUCCGCGACACAGACCACCUCAGGGACAGGAACAACGGGCCAUCCUCAUCACUGAACACCACGAUGCCUUCUAACAGUGCCUGGUCAUCCAUUCGUGCCUCCAGCCACAGCGGUUCCCUCACCAGUACAGCACAAAGCACUUCAGCCAGACCCAGUGAGUCAAAGUGGUCUCCCGGCGGCGGUUCUGUGUCCAACUCCUCCCUAGCUCAUGAGCUGUGGAAGGUCCCCCUCCCUCCCAAGGCGCUGUCUGUGGCAGCCCCCUCCAGACCACCACCUGGCCUCACCAGCCAGAAGCCCAGCCCCGCCUCCUCUGGCUGGGACGCCUCUGCCCUGAGGUUGGGGGGGUGGGGCUCCUCUGAGUCCAGAUACACACCUGGUUCCAGUUGGGGUGACAGCAGCAGCUCAGGGAGAACCCAAUGGCUUGUUCUGAAAAAUCUCACACCUCAGAUUGAUGGCUCUACCCUGAGGACCCUGUGCAUGCAGCAUGGCCCUCUGAUCACAUUCCACCUCAACCUGCCGCACGGUAACGCCGUGGUAUGCUACAGCUCCAAGGAUGAGGCCGCCAAGGCCCAGAAGAGCCUGCACAUGUGUGUUUUGGGGAACACUACUAUUCUGGCUGAGUUUGCCAGCGAGGAGGAAAUCAACCGUUUCUUUGCACAAGGGCAGUCAUUGGCCACUCCCUCCUCCAGCUGGCAGGCCAUAGGCUCCUCUCAGAGCAGAAUGGAUCAGUCUCACCCCUUUCCCAGCCGCGCUCCUGAACCUAACCAGUGGAACAGCAGCGAUCUCCACAGCUCCUCCCUCUGGGGCGGGCCCAACUAUUCCAGUAGCCUGUGGGGGAGCCCCAGUGGCACCGAGGCGGGGAGGAUCAGCAGCCCUUCUCCAAUCAGCUCCUUCCUCCCGGUGGAUCACCUGACAGGGGGUGGGGACUCCAUGUGAACCGCCUGCCAAUCAAACAGGCUGGGGGGAAGCGUCAGUAGAGAAUUAUCAAUAAUCAGCAGAAGAAAAUGAAAAAAAAAAAAGUAGUUAUAAACGCAAUGGCACUAGUUGGACUCUUUCUCACUUACAAGAUAUUCAACAAAACGGGGUCUCCCCUGUGGAAAACAAGUUACGUUUCUCUCUGCACAUAUGUCCACUUUGUUUUAGCCCAAAAACAUAUCAGUCGGAAUACUUGAAUCAUGCAGGCCAAUUCUAUAAUGUGAACGGAUGGAUAUUUGCUUCCAGGUAGUGCUCUUUCAGACCGAAAAAAGCUUCAGUCGAGCUCAUUAUUAUAUAUAUAUUUUUUGUUUCAUUCAUCAUGUUUAUUUGAAUUCCAAUUCUUUUUAUUUUUAACGUUUUCUUUUUGUUUAAUUUUUUUUUUCUUUUUUUUGCGUUUGUUUGCUGACAAUGUUGGAGUAUGAGCUUUUUUAACUUUGCACUGAAUGUGGUUUUUUCUCAGUAUAUAUAAUCUGCAAUAUAGAGGGAGCAGCCAGUUUUUCCAGUGUAGCUGUUUACUCAUUGAGGUCCUUACCGUAUGUGUGUAUGCGUGUGCACGCGCACGUGUGUGGAAGUACUUUGUGCGUGUGAUUGCGUGUGUGAAUGAGUAUGUGUGCGCUCCUCUCUGCCUUGGCACGCCUACCUUACUGCGUUGUCGUGGAGUUCAAGAUCAACAGAUAGUUAAAGAAGAAUAAAAGCUGACUUAGGAGGAUUAUCUGGUGAUAGUAAAAGUGACAUUAAAAAGUAUUGCACCAAUUUUGUUUUAAAACUAAAGAACGUUGAGCUCUGCAGUGCAAAGGACUGUAGCCGCAGCUGGGACUAGCAAGCCCCGCCCACCCUAAUAUAGGGGCGGGGCCUAUCUAGCAAGCCCUCCCACUGGCCCUCUGGUGGGCAGGGGGGGAACAGCACUUUCAGAAUAGGCUUUCAAUGUUUUGGAGGUGCCACACUGCAACCUCUUGUUUACAAGACUUAGGAGGCGGAACGUGUGUUCAUUCUUCAUUUUAAAGAGAAGAUGGAAUAAAAUAAAAAAAAAAAAUACACAAAAAAAUUUCAAAAUUAUUUUAAAAAAACUUUUAAAAAAAUUUAUAAAACAGAGAAAAUCGACAAAAAAUUUAAACUCUUACUGAGGAUGAAGAUGAUGCUUUGUAACUCUGGGAAUUCGGAUCAGUGUUUUUGGCCAUGGCGUUGGUUAUUUGAACUAUUCCUCUUUGUCUGCUAAAUAACCAGCAAUGGUUCUCAGGAAAUCAAGCCAGUUUUCCCCCCCUUGUAGUUGAAUUAAAAAAAAAACUACUACUCCUUGUAGGAAAGGAAAAUCCAACUUCUAGCACUGAAAACGAUGUAUAGGUCUGUAAAUUUUUUUUCUCUGCCAAAUAACUGCUUUAAGCUGGAGAAGCUCAACACACUGCUUUCGAUAUGCUGUCUUUUGGGGGGAGGGGGGUCCUAAUGUGGGGGGGUGGAGGACGGGCUGUAGAAAACCCAUCGCUCCCUCUCUCCUCCUCUUCCUCCACUCCUCCACUCCACUGAUGUUAAAAAUCAAAAGUGGGGAGUGUGUAUUGUGUGAGUGUGUGACUGUCAGUGGAAAAUGUUGUCUUGUCGGACUUAAAAACCAAGAGAAAGGCGAAUCUGUAUCUAUGCAUACUGUAGCCUCUCACGUGGCCUACUGAGAGGCGUUUUUUUUUUUUUUUUCUCUCUAUUUUUUUUUUCCCGUGUCUCACAAAAUGUUUUAAAUGUUUAAUUAAGUACAACAAAAUGCGAAAUAUUACUUGCUUUCUUUUUUUUUUUAAUUGCUCUCAUUGCCACAAAUGGUGUUUUGAAAAAAGGAAAGAAGAAAAACCUUAAAAAUCUUGUUUUGGUUGAAGAUAAUAUUUUAACAGUGCAAAAGUCGUCCACAUUUCAUUGCCUUGAUCCUAAUUGUGUCCGAAGAUGCAACAAGUCAAGUGGCUUCUACCUGUUUACAAAUAGAAUAUGAUUGUAUUGUUGUACUGUUUUAUUUGUUGUUGUUUUUUUCUUUUCUUUUUUUCUUUUUCCUUUUUCUUUCUUUCUUUCUUUUUCUUUUUUUUUUUUCUCUCCU